AUGGGCAGCAACCAGACACGCAUCACAGAGGUCACCCUCUUGGGAUUUCAGACUGACCCAGCACUGGAGCAUGUCCUCUUUGGACUUUUUUCUCUCCUCUAUCUUUGCACACUUCUGGGGAAUGGACUCAUCCUUGGGGUCAUUUGCCUGGACCCCAGACUGCACACCCCCAUGUACUUUUUUCUUUCACACCUUGCUCUUGUGGAUAUAUCCUAUGCUUCAAACAAUGUCCCCAAGAUGUUGGUGAGUCUUGUGACCCGAAGAAGAACCAUCUUCUUUGUUCCAUGCAUAAUGCAGACAUUUUUAUACUUGGCUUUUGCUCAUGUAGAGUGCCUGAUCUUGGUGGUGAUGUCCUACGAUCGUUAUGUGGCCAUUUGUUACCCUUUACAUUACAUGGUCAUCAUGAACUGGAGGGUGUGUGCUGUCUUGGCUGCCACUUCGUGGGCACUUAGCUUCCUAUUGGCCCUUGUCCAUUUAGUCCUUAUCCUGAGGCUGCCAUUCUGUGGGCCUAAUCAAAUCAAUCACUUCUUCUGUGAAAUCCUGUCUGUCCUCAAGCUGGCCUGCACAGACACCAGGCUCAAUCAAGUCGUCAUCUUUGCAGCCUGUGUGUUCAUCUUACUGGGGCCCCUGUGUCUGGUUCUGGCCUCUUAUACCCGCAUCCUGGGUGCCAUCCUGAGGAUCCAGUCAGGGGAGGGCCGGAGGAAGGCCUUCUCCACCUGCUCAUCCCACCUCUGUGUGGUAGGGCUCUUCUUUGGCAGUGCCAUUGUCAUGUACAUGGCCCCCAAGUCCCAGCAUCCUGAGGAGCAACAGAAGAUCCUGUCCCUGUUUUACAGUCUUUUUAACCCCAUGCUGAACCCCCUGAUCUACAGCCUGAGGAAUGCUGAGGUGAAGCAUGCCCUGAGGAGGGCACCAUGGAAACAGAGGUCACUGUAA